AUGUGGGAUGCUCGAGUGGCCAAUGGCAUAAAUGCUAUGCUAGGUGAAUUUCCGUGGAUAGGAUUACUACUCAAUUCGCAGAAGAAUACAAUGUGUGGCGGUUCUGUAAUAACAAAUCGCUUUGUUUUGACAGCGGCUCACUGCAUUCGGAGCGAAUUUCAAUUUGUGCGCUUAGGCGAACAUGACCUGUCAACCGAAGAAGAUUGUUUGUCAAUCAAUGUAUGUCACACAUAUGUAGACUUUGGUAUAGAUCCAAUGCAGCAACCGUUUAUACAUCCCGACUACGAUACCGUGAGCAAAUAUAAAGAUGUUGCUUUGAUAAAACUUGAUAGAGAUAUAGAUUUUGAAGUUCACCAUCAUAUCAAACCUAUUUGGUUGCUCACAUCACGAAGUGAUUACGCUAUGUUGCCAACAGAUGAUUUAGUGUUAGCUGGUUGGGGACUAACAGAAACUAAUGAUGUGCGCGGAUCUGAUAUUCUACAGAAAGGUCAUGUCAAACUCGAAGCUUUGGAUAUUUGCCAAAAAUUAUACUCAAAAUAUAAUAUAGGCAUAUCGAAGAUUUGUGUUAAGUCUGGUGCAAAUCGUACGGUUUCUUGUCAGGGUGAUUCUGGUAGUCCCAUAUUUUGGGAAACCAGGUACAUGGGAGUCAAAUUCUGGAAAAAACGUUAUAUACAAAUUGGUUUGGUUUCCCUUGGUAGUAAAGAAUGUGGCAGGUUAACUUCAAUACCAUAUCCAUACGAAAAUGUCACCGAUGCUAUGCCUUGGAUAACGAAUACUAUUUUAAGAUGAUCUCGGCUUAAUAAAGUAUUUGAAAAAAA